AUGUUUUUUAAAACCAAGUUUCGUCUCAUAAAACGCACCCUAGUUUUAAACGUCUUUAUUUUCGUGACAGUGACUUUUAUAUUAGCUACAUAUAUAAGUGGUUUUCAAGGUAUUAAAUCUGAUUUAAAGGCGAUUGAAUCCCAUGGGGAUAUAGUACAGAAAUAUUUAGACAAACGGAUGAAGUGGAGCACGUCUAAUUUAGGUUCUUUGUUAUUUAAAUUUAAUGUAACAGAUGACGUCAUAUUGAACAACAGAAGGCGAAACGAAGACAAAAGGUUUAUUGUUUUAAUAUGGAAACAUUGGGCCUGGUUGAAGAAUCGUCAUGUAUACAAUUUUAAUAAUAAACGGAAUAAGGAUCUACUUAGUGGCUGUAGUGUCAGCAACUGUCUCAUAACGGGAGACAACAAAUAUUUUGAUUCAGCCGAUGCCGUUGUCGUUCACAUACAAAAGGGCGUUUACCCUAAAACAACAAAAAGAAAUAGUAAACAAAGAUGGAUAUUUCUUAGCGACGAAUCUCCAUUUAAUACAUUUUCCAUGGCGUCCCCUCGACCCAAAUUAGCAGCACUGAAAAGUAUAUUCAAUUGGUCAAUGACAUAUAGGAGUGAUGCCGACAUACCAGUUCCGUACGGUCGAACUAUUCCCUUAUCAAUGCCAUUACUACAUGAUGUAUCGUAUAAGUUUGUGGCUAAAUUGGUCCCAAAUUGGAACAUAAAACGACGGGAUAAGUUGGCCGCAAUCCUUAUGUCCAAUUGCGCGGUGUCGAAGAGAAUGAAAUAUUUGAACGAAUUAGAAGAUUUCCUGCCUUUAGAUGUAUACGGAAAGUGUUCUAAGUAUCAUAAGAACAGUUGUCCUGGACAUUUCCGCUCCGAUUGCAACGUCACAGCGAGUUACUUAUUUUAUCUAGUGUUUGAAAAUUCCCAAUGUCGGGAGUACUUAACCGAGAAGGCGUUUAAUAAUGCUUAUGAGAAAGGUGCUAUCCCAAUUAUAAUGGGGCCGAAGGUAGACGAAUGUGUCGAUCUUUUACCCCCCAAUUCCUUUUUACAUAUAGAUCAAUUUAAUGGACCGAAACAUUUGGCCGAAUACAUGAUUUCGUUGAGUCGCGAUAACCAAGCAUUGCUUGAAUUUCACCGGUGGCGGAAUAACUUCAAAAUCGUCAAUGAACAUGGAUAUUUUGGUACGAAAUCAUUUCAUUAUUGCAGAGUAUGUGAAGCGUUAAAUUAUAAUGAUGGUAGAGGAAAAGUUUACGGCGAGGAUGAGUUGAGAUGGUUUUUAGAUCCUAAAAAGUUGUGUCAUUAA